AUGUGUCCUGAAGAACACAAGAGGAGGCCGACACCGCCUUGCCAGCGCUGGCAGCCCAACGGCCGGGCCCGCCAAGCACCCCACCUGCAAAGCCAGCGCCCCCGCCGGCCGGGUCUGAGCGGGUCUAUCCAGGCGGCACGAGAGAAGCGCAGAGACGUGGGGCGGCCGCGCCUGCGCAGUGGCGGGCCGUCGGUUGGGCGCACACAGGCCGCGGAGGAUGGAGCGAUGGAGUCGCCCGGAGAGCCAGGCGCGCCUUCCAACCCCGCGGACAGCCGCGGCGGGCGGGUGUCUGCCCAGUUCACAGCCCCUCUGCUCCAGAGGAAUCCCUACAGCAGCCUGGAUGUCGUGCACAAGAGAGGCUACGAGGUUCCCUUGGUCCACCACGCCCAGGACCCCAGCAAGACCACCAAGCCCAAGGACAAGGGCCAGCAUGGCACCGGGCACCGCCUGCUGGAAAUGCUGAGAAAAACUCUUGAAGGAACUGAAAGUGAAGAACUGGAAACUGUGCAGGAGAAACCAAAUUUGGUGCCAUUUGGGGAUGUGGUUGGCUGCCUGGCUGUCCAUGUGAAGACUUGCAGACACUUUGCACCUAAGAUCAGUUUACAUUACACUAACUUAUUCAUUCGCAUCUCUAUAAACAAAGUUGUGAAAUCUACAAAAACGUGUAGCUUGAUAUCUGGAAACAAUGAGAAGAACAUUGCAAUUAAGUUUGAUGAAGUGAAGUAUUUUUCUGUACAGGUUCCCAGACGUCAUGAUGAUGAGCGGAAUAAUGUUUUCUUGGAACUCAUGCAAUAUGAUGACACAGAAAAAUAUCCUCUCAUUUUAGGGAGAGUUCAGAUACAUCUUUAUAAAAUAAUUCAGAAAGGGUGCUUUACCGAAGAAUUUCAAAUAUGGAAUAAAAACACGUUUAUCUGCAGGCUGGUGGUGGAAUUUAUGUUCUCUUAUGGAAACUUUGGUUAUGGAUUUUCACAUCAGUUGAAACCUCUUCAGAAAAUUGUUGAGCCAUCCAUGUUUAUGAAUAUUGCACCACCUCCAGAAAGAACAGAUCCCAUGACAAAUGUUAUUUUGCCACAGACCGUAGAAUAUCCAGCAUUCUUAUCUCCAGACCUGAAUGUUGCUGUUGGGGCUCCAACUGUGCAAACAACCGAUCAGCCAACUGUAGUGCGACUUGAAAAACUUCAGCAACAGCCCCGGGAAAGGCUAGAAAAGAUGAAAAAAGAAUAUAGAAAUCUGAAUACAUGGAUGGAAAAAUCUGACUAUUUAGAAAAUAUUCUUGCCCCAAAAUUGAGGCAUAAAGAUUCUAAGGAAACUGAUAUGAAUGAGGUACCUGAAAGCCCAAAUAAUGAUCAAUCUGAAAAAAAGUUUGAAACUUUUGUAACAUUAGAGGUCCCUAUUAUAAACAAGAAAACUAAAACUACUCCAAAUGAGUUACUGGAUAAUGAUGACAAAAAAGAUUUGACUAUACCAACUCAGAACCAGUCAGACCAAGAUAAUUCAGCUGCUGUUACUCCUAAAAGUGACGAAUCCACACCACCACCCACAAAUUCUCCAUUACCCACUCUUCCUAGGCCUGAAAAAACAGAAGCGGGCAAAAUACCACCUUUAGAUGAAUAUCAGACAGAAGACACGCCAGACAGAAAAAUGAAAAAUUAUGUAUUAUUUCCGCCAGAAGUAAAAUUGAAAGAUAAAUAUCCAAGCAUUUUAAAAACAUCUCCAACAGAGGUAAAGUUGAGAAAUAUCUGUAUAAGUCCAAAGAGAUUGAGGAGGAGAAAUUUAGAGCCAUCUCCAACAGAAAUUAGCUGGCACAGCAGCUGUCUAAACUUAGCUGAAAGGACAAGCACAUGCUUAGCUUCCCCAGACUCAAUAUUAAAAAGUGGUUUUCAAAAGCAAGAUCCAAAGGAAGACCUUGCACAAAGGCGUCUUGCCACCAUAUUAGAAUUAUACAUAGGAAAACAAAAUAAUCUAUUUUUAAAAAUUAAAUAUAAAUAA